GUGGUCUCGGCUUAUUUAAUGACGCCACCUGUAGAACUAAAAUGAAACAACAGUUGUUGAUGAAAAGUGUUCGCAAGCGGAAAUUAUUCAAUAAGUCAAUCGAUUUUUUUUAAACGGCACACAAACAACCCUGAUGGUACGUAAACGCAACUAAUUUCGAAUUUCCCGACUUCCGUGCUGGCUCAGAAGCUGCUCACUGAAAGCACGCGAACGCACCACGGCUGCCUCAGCGUUCGAGCGCCUGGAAGGAGAGAACAAGAUGCAGACCAUAAAAUGUGUGGUGGUGGGCGACGGCGCCGUGGGGAAGACCUGCCUGCUCAUCUCGUACACCACCAACAAGUUCCCAUCUGAGUACGUCCCUACGGUGUUUGAUAACUACGCCGUGACUGUGAUGAUCGGUGGCGAGCCGUACACUCUUGGACUGUUUGACACAGCAGGCCAGGAGGACUAUGACAGACUGCGACCCCUCAGCUACCCCCAGACUGACGUCUUCCUCGUCUGCUUCUCCGUCGUGUCGCCGUCUUCCUUUGAGAACGUCAGAGAGAAGUGGGUGCCGGAGAUUUCCCACCACUGCCCGCGGACGCCGUUCCUGCUGGUGGGCACUCAAGUGGACCUGAGGGACGACGGCAACACCCUGGAGAAGCUGGCCAAGAACAAACAGCGAGCUCUGACCCCCGAGAGCGGCGAGAAGCUGUCGCGAGAGCUGAGGGCCGUCAAAUAUGUGGAGUGCUCGGCGCUGACGCAGAGAGGCCUGAAGAACGUGUUUGACGAGGCCAUCCUGGCGGCUCUGGAGCCUCCCGAGACCAAGCCCAAGCGCCGCUGCGUCCUGCUCUAAGACGCCACUCCACCCUGACGGAGGCAGCGAAGUGAACCCGGGCUGCGGGGCAGGGCGGGCAUUUAAAUGUGGCCUGAAUAUGAAGAGGAGACAACUUUGUUGCCAUCUGUGAAACAUUUGAAGGAAAACUCUUGUCUUAAAAAAGUCAAACUGAACACUUUCCUCUUUGGACACCAAGUGUUUGCUGUUUGAAAAGCCCCCAGUAAUGCUGAGGUGGACUAUCUGCUGAACUUCCUCAUCACCGUCGUGCUGAUUUGAAUUGAGCACAUUCAAGUAAAGCUUAUUCAUUUCGAAAGAUCAUUGCCUCCUUCAGCAAACUUGACUCAGAAGUUCACCAUGGAGGCCUUAGCGCUUGACUUUUCAGGUCAGACCAACUCUUUUUGUGCUCAAAUCUUUCUGGACCAAAGGAGCCUGAAAUGACUCUUCUGUUUUAAGGGAUGGAGAGAAUCCUUUUUAUGGGCCCAAACUAGCAUGACCUCAUCACUCCUUCCAGCAAUGAAGCCCCGACUGCUGCUUAGCAUCCUCUUUAAAGGCACCAGACGAAAUCUUCCAGUUGUGUCAUGCAAUACCACGUCGUACCUCUUGGGGCACCAGUGAGUCGGCUCGCCAAGCUAAACGCCUUGCAGAAACAACUUCCUGUUGGCAUGGUGGUCCCUGCUGGGUUUGCUGUUGGAAGGUUAAGGUUCAUCUAUGCAGGCCAGAACAUGCAUGAUACAUCUAUGUUUUAAUACUGACACAAAACUGUCAAGCAUCCCAUCAGACGUUUCCUUUUCAGCGUAACCUCUCCUCUGCUCUCGUAGCUGCAGAGCUAUGCUUUAGUAGUAUGAAUAUUUGUGAGGCCGUGUCCACAUGAACAUGUGCAUUUCCCCCACUUGGGUGCUCAAUUCAAAUCUCCGUUCACACAAGUGGAGUUUUAAAAUAACCUCUGCCCGCAUAAAAACACACAUUGUCCAAUUAGAAGCCUGAAAAGGUUCCCACAGUGCCCACGUUCAUCAAUAUAGUCAUAUAUUCAUGGUAUAAUAUAUUUAUAUACUCUACUGGUCACAAGUUGGAAGUUUAAAAACAUCACAUAAUGUCGCACAUUUCUUAGGACACAAACCAAAAAAGGCUCUGUUUUACCCCUCCACACGUGCUGCGUUUUUAAGGACGAGGCGAGGGCAAGCGCGUACAAAAGAUGUGUUUUCGUGCGGACAUGUCCUCGUCCCGUUGUGACUGUUACGUGAUGCCCGAGUGCCAACGUGACUUUUGGAAAUCGAUAAGCUUCUCCGACCACCAAUGUUUCCGCUGCUGGCAACGAAUAAAAACCACUUGACCCUCGCUCGCUCACGUUUCUUCUUCUCGUUGGUGGGAUGUCUUUGCCCGCUUCAGUAGAAUUGCGCCAGCGUGGUGGUCAGCCCGUUGCACACCUGUUAGGCACGCAUGCAGCAGGGAGCUGGUGCAGUACCCUACAGUGUGCGACAGGGGGCGGGCCUGCCCUGUCUUUUGGAUACAGUAUGCAAAUGAGCUGGCUUCAUUUUGAUUGGCAGUCUAAAAUGGAUCCCGCAGGCAGACACAACGCGGCGUGCGGGCUUGGCGCCACGCAGGCCUUUGUCUGAGCCGCUUCCUGCUGUCCCAUCGUACAUGGCUUUGUGCUGUUAGGCCCCCUUAGACCACAUCACAACAUGUGUGUGUGUGUGUGUGUGUGUGUGAGUGAAGACAGUCUUUGCUGACUAACUUGUAAAAAGUUGAGUGGCAUGCGCUGAAAUAAAAGUGAAAGUCUGAGAUGCAUUCAGCUCAUCUGAUUGGCCGACUUAAAGUAACCUUUGCCUUUCCUUUCUGUGUGUGUGCGUGUGUGUGCGUGUCACCUGAUGAUUCAACUUGUGUUUAUGUGGCGGCCAUCUUGUCUUGUUGCUGAUUCAGCCUCUGACACCUCCAAUGAGGCGCCUCCUCACGCUGCUGAAUAUUAUUGGAUGUCCAUCUGACCUCAUUAUAAGUGUGUUGCUAUGGGCAACCAGCUUAAAGGAGGGGGGGCAGUUGAGAGUUGCAUCAUGGGACAGAAACCUGACCUCUCUGCCCUUUCCCUUUUUUUUUUUGGGCUUCACUUUAAGGACGUGCGCAUGCACGAGUAGCACGACCUCCAUGCUGAGACGCAACUGCAGUAUGGAUGUUGGUUGUGCAGAUUGUGUCGCACGUUGCAACAAUCUCUUGACGGCCACGUGCACAAACUGUCACCUGUGUGUCGACAAAAGUGUACACACACUCAUCAGAGAAGUGUGUGUGCGCGGCAUGGCAGGCAGGUGACUGUAUUGUGCAAAGUGUAAUGCUUGUGCGUGAUUACGUGAUGAUGUGCACAUGCAUGAUGACUAGUGCUUUUUGGCUUUGGCCAUCCGUGCACUGCCUUGGUGUGCAUGUGCAACGUUGUCUUCCUACUUUGUGUUAAACUUACACGUGCAUGGUGUUCGCCGUACUAGCUGUCAUGCUUUCACCUUGUGUGUGUGUGUGUGUGUGUGUGUGUGUGUGUGUGUGUGUGUGUGUGUGUGUGUUGACAUACAGUGAAUCAGACAAACAUCUGACAUAAGUGGUUACCAUGCAUACUGUGCGACUGACUAUUAUGGGGUGUUCU